UCUUUGGUGUCGGAUUUCCGGUAGUCACCCCGUGUUGUGAUAUUGGAUUAUGAUAAAAAUGUAUUGUGUAGAAAUGGUGGGGUUUACAAUCAGAGCAAAUCCGUAGGAUUUAUAUGGACGAACGAACAGUUCAAAAUCGAUCAGCUGCACUCACAGAGUGGAGGGUCGGAAAAACGCGUGUUUUAGAGUCCAAUCGCAACACUUAAAGAAAUGUAAAUAUUUUAACCUGCUGCCGACGUUCUGUUGGUGUAAAAAAAAAAAAAAAAAAAACGUCAUAGUUUAAGGUCUAAGAAGAAAAAUGAACGAUUAAUGAAUUGAUUACGAUUAAUGAAGACGUGCAAAAUGUAAAUGACUUAUAAAUCAUUGUGAUUUUGAUAUUUUUCCAAGACUAAUUCAUACCGAAUACAUAAUUAUGAUUACACGAGGUCAGGAUUUACGUUUUAAAAAAUUUUUUUGGCUGUCAGGACCUGCCUUUCUCCAGUGACGUCAAACUCAGGCGCUGCAACGAGCUAGGAAAGUCGGGAGUCUCUGAACCAGGUUUUUGUCCGUUAUCCCGUUAUGGGGGACAUGAAGACCCCAGAUUUCGACGACUUGUUGGCGGCUUUUGACAUUCCGGACAUUGAUGCAAAAGAAGCUAUCCAGUCUGCCCCAGAGGAAGCAGAGGGACACCAUGGAGCUGCGGGGGGCGUGGGAAAGUCAGGCAGCAGUGGGGCAGGAGGUGGAGGGAGCGGAGGUCCUUCCCUAAGACCCCCCAGCCCUCCAGACCAUCAGCACCACCCCCAAACCUUGGGUCUCUCCUCGCAGGGCGAUCCCCCUGUCGUCAGUGUAAUUGUGAAGAACAGGGUGCGUCCUGACGUUUUUGGAGAGGCGGGAGUAGACUUGGAUAAAGAGGGCCUGGGCAGCAGUGCAGAAGCUGGGCCAGGGAACGGGGUGGGAGGAGCUGUCAUGGGCGCCCGACCCAGAAUGGCCCCCUCAGAGCCGCUCGUCCACAAUGGGUUCGAGGCCACGGCAGCUUCCACCGACCCCGCCUUGCGUCAGGCCCAGACCCAGUCUAACGGGGAAAUAUGGCCUACCUGCUCUCCAAAAACUGCCAGCGAGGGAGGGGGCAAUGGGCUGGGAGUGGAAUCAGCCAGCACCGGCAAACACGGCGCCAACAUUUUCAACAGACUGAAGCCCCUGAUGGCUCAGAGUCCUGGGGAUCCCAUAGGCAAGGCCAGGAAAAUGCUGCAUUUGCAGCAGCAGCAGCACGAGGCUGGCCUGGAAGGGCUUGACCCAUCCAAAGCUCUGGGCUCUUCCAACACUGCUUCCUCUCAUGGCCCUGUGUCAGCUGGGAUCUCAUCAGCUUUCUUUCCCGCCCCCUUACCUGUGCUUCCGAUUCCCUCCACCCCCUCAUCCUCCCACCCCAUCGCUUCCUGUCUCUCUCAGUCCUCCCUGAAUGAGGUGGGCUCUCACCCCUCUGGGACCAUCUCUUCACCCAUGGUUCCCACCUCUCAGCCUUUUAACGGCCAAGGGGUCGCAUUCCGUCACUUGGAAUCAGAUGAUGAGGACUCGGACCCUGAUUUCGGGAGUCCGUUAGUGAUCCAGGAAAGCCCCGAUUCCCCGGCUUGCACUCCUCCAAAAUUCCCCCGUCGCCAUCAUUCCCCCUCCAGAAUCUUCAACUCUCACCCAGCUCCCCCGACGUCCGCUUACACCGAAACGGGAGACGUCGCCCCAGCGCCGUCCUCGCCCUCCGCGUCCACCUGCCCCCAGGCCUCGCAGAGCUGGCUCCCCUCACCCCACGCAGAGAGCCCCACCCAUGGGGACCGAGGUCUGGAGCAUGUGAUCGAGGAGCGGGACUCGCCUGAAAGUCCAGAGCCUGAAGCCCCUCGUUCAGCGGUCUCGACGGGAUCAGUGUCCACAUCCCUGAAAAGGAGCUUGAGCCCAGCCGUGGCCUCCUCUCCGCUGCCCGCCGCCCGCCAGGGCUCUGUGGAGAGGGAGAUGGAGGGAGUUAAAGAAGCUGGGGAGGCCCUGGAGAGCAAGGCCGCCGGGCUGACUGUCGACAAACUCAACCCAGAGAGCGCGCUAGAGCAGGUUGGCGGGACAGAAGAUGAAAAGAUGGACGUGGAUGAUGGAGAGAAUAUUGGUAGGGCAGCUGCUACCAGAGGUAAGGCUUCUUCUGCGGUUACCGUUACCACAACUGUGACUUCCUCAACCACUACGGCUGCUGCUUCCUCCAGGCCUCUCAAAGUCCGCAUCAAGACGGUCAAGAGCUCCACGGGGGGCAUCACCAGAACAGUGACAAGGGUGGCAGCUAAAGGGGCGGGGUCCGUGGGUUCCAAGGAUGCCUCCAAAGCUCAGUCCGUAGGGCAUAAAGGUGCCAACAGGCCUAAGAAAACUAGUACCCCCUCCUCCACUGGCCAAGCAGCAAGCUCCCAGCAGCAUUUCACCAAAGGCAGCAUCCUACCAGUGUCAACUAUCCAGGAUGCCAGCACUGCCAUGCUUAUGGCGGCCAGCAAGGCCCAAAACAAAAUGGCAUCUUCGUCCGAAAAGUCCAAGGUCUCCACAACGGCCGUCAACAUCACCAGAAGUGCAGCCCUCCCCUCCAUCUCAUCAUCCUCUUCCACUGCUGCCGCAUCCCCCAAAUUUAGCACGGGGACCAGUGGGAUCGGUGUGCGCCCCGUGGGACAGAAGACUGUCAAUGGCGCCCCUGCCACAGCCCCGGUGCCGCAGGCUUCCAAACCGGUCUCCAUCGUCAACAGCACGGGCGCCGUCAUCUCCCGCAGCCAGUCCACCCUGGUGGAAGCCUUCAACAAGAUCCUCAACAGCAAGAACCUUCUGCCCAGCUACCGGCCCGACCUUUCCACCCCGCUUCCCCCCGAGUGGAGCCUCCCGCUGCCCGCCAACGGCUACCGCUGCCUGGAGUGCGGCGACGCCUUCGCCCUGGAGCGCAGCCUGGCGCGGCACUACGACCGCCGCUCGCUGCGCAUCGAGGUCACCUGCAACCACUGCGCCAAGCGGCUGGCCUUCUUCAACAAGUGCAGCCUGCUGCUGCACGCCCGCGAGCACAAGGAGCGCGGCCUGGUCAUGCAGUGCUCGCACCUCGUCAUGCGGCCCGUCUCUAUCGAGCAGAUGAUUGGCCAGCAGGACACCACGCCCAUCGGCAUGCUCUCUCCUUCCCUCUCCUCUCCCGCCACUGCCUCGGCUACUACAACAGUGCCCCCUGUGGCCCCUGCGGCCUCUGCGGCCCCCGGCCUAUCAAAGGAAGACCAGGCCACCCAGCCAACCCCAGCCCGCCGGGCCCCCGACAGCCCCCAGGUUCUCCUGCCCCUGCCCUGCAAGAAGGGGGAGAGCCUGCAGUACCACAACUACAAGUGCCCCGAGUGCCGCACCCAGUUCGGGGGCAAGACGGAACUGGUGGCCCACUUCCAGGAGGUCAAAGCUGCUUCGACCACAACCUGCAUGCUGUGCUCUCCCGCCAUGAUGCUGCCCAACGCCUGCAGUGCCGCCGCCCACCAGCGCAUCCACAAGCACCGCUCGCCGCACGUGUGCCCCGAGUGCGGUGGCGUGGCUCGGCCCGCCAGCUUCCAGACCCACCUGGACGAGGCCUGCCUGCACUUCGCCCGCCGCAUCGGCUACAGGUGCUCCAGUUGUCAGGUGGUGUUCGGUGGCCUGAACUCCAUCAAGUCCCACAUCCAGACGGCCCACUGCGAGGUCUUCCACAAGUGCCCCAGCUGCCCCAUGGCCUUCAAAUCUGCGCCCAGCGCUCACUCCCACAUCAGCACCCAGCACCCGGCCCUGGGGGCCCCGCAGGCCAAGAUGAUAUACAAGUGCGUGAUGUGCGACACGGUCUUUACCCAGAAGCCCCUGCUCUACGUCCAUUUCGACACGCACCUGGCCAAGCAGAAGGUGCACGUCUUCAAGUGCCCCGACUGCACGAAGCUGUACGCGCAGAAGGGCUCCAUGAUGGAACACAUCAAAAUGGCUCACAGGGCCCUGUCCGUCAAACCGGAAGCCCCAGACACCGUCUCCAGCCCUGCUGCCCCCGCUCCGCCCUCCUCCUCCCUCCCAAAACCCAAGGCCCCCGCGAAGACGGAGAGCUCCGACGGGGAGGAGUGGGCUGGGGAGCAGGAGGAGGAGGGGGACGACGGAGAGGGGAAGAAGGACCCCGACUACCCCGCCAGCGCCGCUGAGGCGGCCCCUGCGGAGUGGAGAGAGGGCGCCAAACCCGCUGCGCAGAGAGGGACCACCACGUCUCCCACAUGAGGGAAGAGCACGGCCACCAGGGGGCGCCAUGCACCGAGCGCAUCCUUCAGACUGCUCCGUUUUGUUGAUUUUUGAUAAUUUAUUAUUAUUUUUAAAUUUUUUUGUUGUUUUGUUUGUAAAAUUUUCAGCCAACGGUACUUUUACAAUAUACUUUCACGUAAAACUGUAAAAACAAGUGUGAUAUCCGCCACAAAAAAGCCCUGUGACUUCCUAUUGGAUUGUUCUUUGUCCUAUAUGACACUUUUUUUUAUGUAAAGGGACAGUGACAGUUGUAAACCCCGGACGUACAGUACACGUAUGCUGAUGAGUGCACUUUGGGCCUUCCUGGCCGACGCAGCCCAUGAAGAACCCCCCGUGUUGCUUGUAUGAGCUCUCCUUCAGCUCCACCCACAGCCUGCAGCGCCACACUCAGACCACCCGCCAGGGCCCUGGGAGAGUCUUUCAGUGCCCCUGAGCGUGUGCCCUCUCGCACACCGGAGGGAUUCUGUCUCUCUCUCGCGCGCUAACGAGGGAACACCGGCGGCACUGCUGGCGUGCGGGUUCUUGCACGGCAGGAGAACGGACCUUCUAGCAGCCGGGUCGGUUCGGAGGGGGCGGGUCCAACAUGAGAUCAGAGCCUGGGACCAGACACCCCUGCAGCCUGGAAAUAGCCAGGUCAAAACCCCCACCUUUGCUGGACCUUUAAUGUGGACUAGCCCAGUUAACACAGGAGGGAUUUUGAGAAUUGUGCUGCACAUUUGAGUAAUUUUAGGAUGUAACCCCAUAAGCCACAGGUUGCAGCUUCAAUUUCCAGGUGGGUUACACAACAUAAUGAACCUGGAUUUCUUCCAUAAAUAUCUAGCUGUAUAUAUGGGUAAUAUGUCAGGGGCAAAUGUAAGGGUGUCUGUAGUUGUACUUGAAAAAUGUAAAUGGUUUGGUGUGUUACAGCCGUUUCACAGUAACUCACUUGUAAGAAGUUCAGUGCAGGGAGUCAGUCCUGGCUCUCCUGAAGUCCGUCGGUCUCUCCUCUCUGUUCCUCCCUAACCCAGCCCAGCACCUGUCGCUGCCUGUGUCUGUCCCUGCAGAGCUCUGCCUGCUGGCUGCUUCAGGGGGCCAGGGGGUGGGUGUGCGGCAGACGCUGAGAAAGGCCGGAAGACGCGGGUUCCUGCCGCACAUCCCUGACCUCAGCGCCGACGGCGACUCCCUGCCGCGGCCGCAGGAGGGGGAGGGCGCCGAAGGCGGGGCCGACCGCAGGGGGUGUGGCCAGCAGUUUCGACAGGGCCUCCGUCCUCAGCAGCCUCUGAACACACGUAGGGCGUGGCCUUCGUUACUGCACACAAGACUGACAGGCCAGUCUGGAGGGAAGGAGGGAGGGUCUUCCAUUAAGAGCAGAGGGCAGAGGUGGAGAGGGGGGGGGGGAGGCAGGAGAGUUUCUUAGGCUGUUAGUCCACUGGUCUGUCCUCUGCAGUCUCUCCCUCUCUCCUCCUUCCUGUGCCUUGAGCUCUCUGUCUCAGUCCUGGGGCACGUCAGUGACGUGCUCACAGGAGAGACGAUAACACUAAAAUGCCACUACAGCACUCCACACAUGGGAACAGUCUGACUGGAGAGCCUAGCUGAACACACACUGGUUCAGGGGGGCAUGCUGGAGGGCUUGCUGAAGGGUGGGGAGAGGGGACCUCAAUUCAUUACAGUCACAUUUUGGCUGUCUCAGUUUAUAAUAGCAGUGUAUUGGCAGUGUGAUUCCCGUCAUGCAGCUCCCUGAGUUCUGGAUUUUUUUCCUCUUUGGGUUUUUUAUUUAUUUUAUUUUUUUUUAACUGUAAGACUGUAAGACUGAUCCUUACAACUCUACAUUUACCUUGAGCUGUACUGCAACACUAAAUCACCUGACCCUGCAUGUGUCUUCUGUAAUGCACUAUAUUAGCCCCAGUCUGUUGCUGCUGUUCUGACUGUUAUUCGAGCGUAACAGUACUGUCAGUUUAUCCAUAUUUUCAGAAGAUUCAAAAAGUUCAAAUAAUAAAGUUCAUCAUACACACAGCACAUUGAAUGAGGUUUAGCAACAAGAAGGGAGCAAACUGAUUGUUAUGGAGUAGUGUCAGUGUCUGUAGUUUAUAGGUGUUCAGGUUUUGGCUGUGAACAGAGGAAGGCAGUGUCCCUGGUACAUGGCCCCCCUUGCAGGAAGACUGGAGUGAACAGCUCCUGCAGUAACACUGUCUUACCACUAGGUUGUUGCUGUUGAACAGUGCCUGAUAGGGUCCUUUUUUGUAAGAUUUUUUUUAGAAACACUGUCCCAUGUCUUGGGCUAAAUUCACCAAGAUGACCAUUCUGUUUGGGUUUCAAGUGAGAAAUUGUAAUUUUGUGAUUUGUGAGUUUCAGACACUAUUGCUUAUGGCAAUCUUAAGUUCAUGUAGAACUAAUAAAUAGAGGUAGUAAUAUACAGAAAAUGCAUUUUUUUUUAACUGUGUGGUUUUGGAAUCUAUAUGCUAGUUACAAACGUUAUUUCAACUUCAACCAGCAUAUAAAAUCUUUUGAAAGUUACAUAUUAAUGCCACAGUAGCAUAACUGUUGAUUUAUCUGUAUGUGUCUGUAUACCUGUGUAUAUACGCAAAAACAUCAAUAUGGUUUAUUUUAUGUGAAUGAAUUUAUAUUCAAAUUAAGGGUCUAAGUUUCUGUCUUUCAACUUCUGAGUCAGUCUUUUCAAGGAUUCCAAGCACCAAAUUCCCACAAGCGCAGAAUUCCACCCAGUUUUGUGUACAUUUUUGUAUAGAAUGUUUAUGAAAGGGGUGUGGUUAAUUGUGAAUUAUGUUAACAAUGUUACCUGUUCAGCCUGAACUGAAGAAAUCUCCACCCCAUUUUUGCUUUUGUUCUAGAGCUACAACUGGCGGAACAUUUCUUAGAAAAAGUGUAAAUAUUGCAUACUCACAAUCCUGAAAUCUCCCCUAUUAGUUCAAUGGUUUGAGAGCCGAAAAUGAGUGUAGACAAAGGCGUGAGUGUCGAUGAGGUGUUGUAAUUAUAUAUUGUGAUGAAAUCAUUUAAAAUUAGAUAAAAAUGAGGGUUUUAUUUAAUGUUUUUUUUUUUUUUUUACAAAAUUUUCAAUACACGACCGUGGUCACAGAGUCAGUUCUUGCCAUAUACAAUUUUAUAUUAUCUGGUUUUAGUGAUAUGUGUCCCUGUCAAAGGAUCUUUUUGUGUUUUUUAACCUUCAGUCAUGUGAUGUUUAUAGAUUGCUAUGAAAUUUGUCAUUCUUUUUUUGUUCAUUUUGUUUUUUUGCCCUCAGCAGUGACUUGCUGCAUAUAGAUCUGGGUGGUUUCUGAAAUAAAUUUGAAAACACAUUUGUCUUGUUUUAUAUUUGAGAACUAUCAUGAAUGGAAGGUGACUAUGCCUGAGAAAAAAACAACUAUAUUACUACUCGGUGUGACGAGAGGCUGAAGUUGGCCCCAGUUUUGAAAUUUAAUCGGUAGUCCUGUCCGUUUGCCUUCACAGUCUUGCUUGAGUGUUUAUAAAGAUUAUGUUGUGCUUCCAUAAUAAAAUAAAGGUAGAAACAGAA